AUGGUUCUUUAUUCAAUUUUGAAUUUACUUAAAUAUGCUCAACCAGCAUGUGAAGGUUAUAAAAUACUAAAUCGUACUCAAUCAGGUAUGGUUAAAGUAGCAUUCGAAUCUGAUCAGAAUAUUUUAUUAUAUGUACCAACCCGUUUAAAUCCAUUUGGAUUAAAAGUCGCUGAAGGUGGUCAACGUUCAUAUACACAAUUAGUUCGUUUAAUUAUUCUUGAUGGAGUACAUUUAUUACAUGAUGAUCAUGGUCCUGUACUUGAAGAUGUUAUAGCACGUACAAUACGUACUAUUAAAACAACACAAGAUGCUUGUGAAGAUUUACUUCAUUUUGAUAAUAGUUAUAGACUUGUACCACUUGAAAAACAACAUAUAGGUAUAACAGAAAAAAGUCAUUAA